GCUCGGGCGCCCGACAUGGCGGCGGCGGCGGCGGCGGCGAAGGGGAAUGGGGGCGGGGGGGCCCGGGCCGGGGCCGGGGCCGGGGCCGCGGCCGGAGAAGCUGGCGGCGCGCGGAAGAAGAAGGGCCCAGGGCCGCUGGCCACGGCGUACCUGGUCAUCUACAAUGUGGUGAUGACGGCGGGGUGGCUGGUUAUAGCAGUUGGACUGGUCAGAGCAUACCUGGCUAAGGGUAGCUACCAUAGCCUUUAUUAUUCCAUUGAAAAGCCGUUGAAAUUCUUCCAAACUGGAGCCUUAUUGGAGAUUUUACAUUGUGCAGUAGGAAUUGUUCCAUCUUCUGUUGUCCUGACUUCUUUCCAGGUGAUGUCAAGAGUUUUUCUGAUAUGGGCAGUAACACAUAGCGUCAAAGAGGUACAGAGUGAAGACAGUGUCCUCCUGUUUGUUAUUGCCUGGACCAUCACAGAAAUUAUCCGUUACUCCUUUUAUACUUUCAGCCUAUUAAACCAUCUGCCUUACCUCAUCAAAUGGGCCAGGUACACACUUUUCAUUGUGCUGUACCCAAUGGGAGUGUCUGGAGAACUGCUCACCAUCUAUGCCGCUUUGCCCUUUGUCAGACAGGCUGGUCUGUACUCCAUCAGUUUACCUAACAAAUACAAUUUCUCCUUUGACUAUUAUGCAUUCCUAAUUCUGAUAAUGAUCUCCUACAUUCCAAUUUUUCCCCAGUUAUACUUCCACAUGAUACACCAGAGAAGAAAGGUCCUUUCUCACACUGAAGAACACAAGAAAUUUGAAUAGCUCCUGCUUUCUGCGCACCCCCAAAACACAAACUUUUCAGUGACAAAAAAAUGCUGCAGACUUUUUGAGUUCCCAGUACGUUUCAUAGAAAAUAAGUAAGAACUAUUUUUAAAAUAUUAAAAAAAUAAUAAAACAAAAACCAAAAUCCAGUGUCAUACAGGCCUGGGAUUUUAUUAAACAACAACAGCCGCCACCACCACACAGUAACAACAACAACAGAAACUGUUACAUACAACAUCCUGGCCGGUCCAUUUCAGCAUGCUCUUUCAACCUGAAGUUCCCAAUAUUUAUGAUGGCACUGGAAAGGGAUUUGGCAUUUUCCAUCCUCCUGUUUCCUUCAUGUAUCUGCUAAAUAAAGAUCUGUAACACCAAGUAGUCGAGAGUUACAGUCUGAGUAGUGAAGUCGUGCCCGCUGAAGGCCCAGCGUGCAGGAGGGUUGUGUUUCAGACUGCGGUGUGUUCAGCAUUCUCUCUUCCAAAUGCUUGACUGCAUGCUGGAAAGUCUGCAUUUCUGACGCAGCAAACCUUGUUCUCUGGAAUGUUACGAGGUUAUGGCUGGGACCUACCCCCUCCUAUCUAGUGAAUGAGUUGUGUAAGGUGCAUGUCUGCAAAGCCUAGGGGUAGUGCCCAUAAUCUGAAAACAGCUAGAACCCUGUGGUUUGUUUUCAGUUGAGUCAUGUCUACUUGCCACUAAGAAACAUGCUUGAACUUAAGUGUGUCUACAUCGUCGAGAACCUAUCCUAUCGAGGGCUCAGCCUCAGUCACGUUCUAACACGGUGACAGUUCUCACAAAGGGAAAGCUCAGUCACAAGCAAAUGACACGUGCCUUUCCCCGUAUCAUCCUCAAAACACUUCCGAGUAAUGUACCGACCAGUAGCUGUUCUCACUCGUGGACCCAAAGCCAGGCUAGUCACAUCAGGGGCAGAGAAUCUGUCAUUGGAAGCACAUGGAAGGUGUCGCUUUAGAAAUGUAAUCCUGAAGAACGUUCAGGAAUAGGUUUCUACACCCUUUUAUUUUUCAAUUUCAUUCAACUCUCCUGUUGGGAUACUUUUCCGAUUUAUGGUCCUAUGUAGUUCCUACCAAGCUGUAAAUCCAGAGGCAGCAAAGUGUUCCAGUUGGGCAGACAUGAGCUAAAUGCAGUGUCAUCUCCAUGUGUUCAAGCAGCCAAGAAAUACUUUGGUCACAUAGACAUGUCUAAUUACCACCGUGUCUUCAUACCAUUUAAUUGCUCAACUGUGCAUUUAAGACUCUUCAGGAAAGGGUUAAUGAAAAUGUAAAGCCCAAGUUCAGAUUUGCAUUAGAUUUUAAACAUAGGAUAGUCUUUGUGGAUUCUUUUCUUUUUUUUUUUUUUUUUCUAAUGGUUGAUACUUGAAAUUUUAAAAGCCUAUCUUACUAGCAUACUACAUAGUUAUAACAGUGUCAUGAUGGAAAACUAAUUUUUUAAAUGUUAUUUUCAUAGAUGCCUGAUAAUUAAGAUGAAAAUGAGAAGAAAGUAUGGAGCCUCAAAUUUAAUGCAGGCAGAUGUAUAAUAAAAUUAUUUUUGAAUUGAGCAUUAAAAUUCUGCUUCAAGUCAGCAAUCUUAACUUGGGCAUGUUGAGAUUAGAAUCUGUUCUUGUACUUCAUAAACUAAAUAUAGAGGAAAGAUUAUUUUUCAUGUGUUUUUCUCUUUCUUUUUCCAAAAUGUAUUUCUACUGUAAAAUAGAAACAAUUUGAGUUAUAUUAGUCUUAUUGCUUCGUUUGGGUAAGAUAUUUUUUUCAGUCAUUUCUGGAAUAGUCAUAGAAGAUGGGAUGAAAAAUGUAGGUUUUCCAGGAUCAGUGGAUUGGGGGUUUUAUCCAGGCCUCUCUGUUAGACUCUGUCACUAGUUACGAAGAACAGUCUGUCGCUAACAGUGGUGUUGCAUCAGAUUGAACCUUGGCAGCAAGAAGACAGCGAGCAACUCCCUCCUGAGAAAGGGUCUCCACCCCAGUGUGUAUUUUGAUCCAUCAACAUUUAAAAGGCUGGUGGCGGAUAAGUAAGGUAUGCCCGGGCCAUGUCCUUCAUUCCCCCCCUCUCAGUAACUGGUUUCUUUAUCUCUAACCUGAAUUAAUUCCUCCUUUGAUGGGCUAGUGGUCUUUUCUGAAUUGAGAACACAACCCCACCAACGGUCACAUCUUGCAAAGUGCGAGGUGGCGUUCGGUGGCUAUUUUGUUAGGCUGACUGUUUCCAUUUCAGGACGUAGUCAAAGGUAUCAUCUGCCCCGCCACCCACCUGGUUGAGUGUUUCAGACUCCCCACCCCCCGCCCCCCCCCCCCCGGGACCAUUUUCCAGGAGAGAAUUCUUUGAGGUGCGCAGUAGUGCUCUGUAGACACAAGCUGCUAAUCAGCAUCUCGCUGGGUUCCGUUUGCUCAGGUUGCGAUCACUCAUUUAACACAUACUGACCAUCAUCAAAGGCACCGUGGAGAGUUAGUCAUGGAAUAAAGCACUGUCCUUCGAGACAGAAUGUGUUCCUCGGGAGCAAACUUGUCACAGAAAGGGGCUUAGAAGACGUGUAGAGAUAAAGAGGCACAUGCAGAUUGUGCCCUUCUCUCUACUGGUUUGUUUGGGUUAUUCAUUUAUAACAGAAGAUCGGCAAUGAUGUGCUACGACCUGCAAGUUAUUUUCAGUUCUGAGUUUCUAUAUAAAACAUCAAAACCAGUACCUAUUACUCCUUUGAAAUUUGGGUAAAAAAAAAUCAUACAGCCACAUAUAAUAGUCAUUUUUGUAUUUUUUCUAUGUUGUGAAAACCAAAAUUGUAAUUUUAUAAGUCUUUGAUUCAUGAAAAUUAUAUAAUUUAAAUGUAUUUUUUGUAUAUUUAGACAUAAGGAGUUCCAAGACUAUGGCUAACUUUCUAUGCAUGCAUUUGGAAGCUGUUUUUACCUGAUAAUGUCAAUGUGGUAAUAAGUUGUACUCAUAAACUACUGACCUGUGUUGCAUUUCAAAAUAAACUGGUGUGUGCUCUGCCUGGAUUUGAAAUACUGA